AUGGAGACAGGGAUCGCUCUCCCAAAGAGUGUCGUCAUCUGUAACAAGUCGACGGUCGUUCUAGACGGGAAAGCCGUAUUUACAGAGUCUUCGAUCCUGUCGUUCGACGGCAGCAUGUACAUGAAGGUGGUCAUCCCAAACGUGAUGCACACAGAGGCGGAGGACGUCUCCCUGCGCUUCAUGUCUCAGCGCGCGUUCGGGCUGUUGAUGGCCGCCACGUCCCGCGAGUCUGCGGACACUCUGAGGCUGGAGCUGGACAGCGGGAGAGUGAAACUGACGGUCAACUUAGACUGUGUCAGGAUAAACUGUAACACCAGCAAAGGUCCUGAGGUUCUUUAUGCCGGACAAAAGCUCAACGACAAUGAGUGGCACUCAGUGAGAGUGGUCCGCCGCGGUAAACACUUCAAACUCACUGUGGAUGACGACAUGGCUGAAGGUCAGAUGGCGGGCGACCACACCCGCCUGGAGUUCAACAACGUGGAAACGGGCAUCUUGACCGAGAAACGCUUUGUCUCCUCUGCUCCCUCCUCCUUCAUCGGGCACCUUCAGGACAAAUCUCCACACCUGUGA